AUGUCCAGACCAGAGAAGAAGUUGGCCGAAUGCUUGAUGAAGCGGAAGGCACUACUCGUCGUUCAUGAUUCCGUUGAGGCGUUCAUCAAGAAGUACGACAACGAGAACGAUGUGUACCAGAUUCCGAUCCGUCUUGAGGCGUUGGACCGUGUCUAUAGUGAGUUCCAGGAGCUGCAAGCGGAGAUUGAAAAGUACGAUGACGCUGAGAAGUUUGAGGAGCAUCUGCAAGAGCGAGCAGCGUUCGAAGCGAGAUUCUGCACGGCCAAAGGAUUUUUGUUGAUGAAGCGUUCCACAGAUCCCAACCAGACAGUGUUGAAUACUUCAGUAACGGCCAAUCAUCACCCAGUUUCAUCCAAUUUCCACCUACGGUUGCCCAAGGUCGAUCUCCCUAAGUUCGAUGGAGACUUUUCCAGAUGGCUUUCCUUCCGGGAUACGUUCACCUCCAUGGUCCAUUCCAACGCGGACAUUCCGACUGUCGCGAAGCUGCAGUACCUUCUGCAGUCCCUGGAAGGAGAAGCUCACAAGCCAUUCGAGUCGAUCGACAUAGUCGCGGAUAAUUAUGCGUUAACUUGGGACGCUCUACUGAAACGCUACGAUAAUAAGCGGUACCUGAAGCGUCAACUGUUCCGAGCCCUGUAUGACCUCCCGCCACUGAAGAAAGAGUCACCCCAAGAGCUGCACGACCUGGUUGAUGACUAUCAACGGCAUGUAAAGGCCUUAGCGAAGCUGAACGAACCUGUAGUCCACUGGGACACCCCGUUGAUCAACCUGCUAUGCUACAAACUGGAUCCUACGACCCUCCGAGCCUGGGAGGAGAAGACCAGUAGCAGUGAUGAUGUCACCUACGAGCAGUUAGUUGAUUUCCUGUACCAAAGGGUUCGAAUGUUGAAGUCCGUCGUCACCGAUCUGCAGCAUCGUUCCAAUCAACCCGGCCAAGCCAAGGUGGCCGGUUCCAAUCCGAUCCAGAAGAAGCCAUUUAAGAUGGUAUCCAAUUCCGCCACGACCGAAUCCAAGAGCUCCGCUCCGUACUGUAUCGCCUGUCCAGAGAACCACUUCCUAUUCCAAUGUCCAGCAUUUUCCAAGAUGUCCGUUCGCCAGCGACGAGAGUUGGUAUCCCAGAAGCGCCUAUGCUGGAAUUGCUUCCGCUCUGGACACCAAAGUAGGAAUUGUACAUCCAAGUACGAUUGCCGAAACUGUCACCAGAAACACCAUACCCUGCUGCACGAAACUUCAACCACGAAGAUACAAUCCACUCCAGUAGCUAUAUCUGGUCAGCCAUCCCAACAACCGAAUCCAUCCACGUCGACUGCCGUCGAAAACCCCGGAUCAGUGAAUCCGAACCCCCAAGUGAGCUUGUCGGUACAGUCGUACCAAUCCACUGUCCUGUUGGAAACGGUUAACCUCCUAGUUGUGGACCAGAAUGGGAAGGAGCAUUCCGCUCGUGCACUCCUACAUUCAGGAUCGAUGAGCAGCUUCAUCACGAAGAAGCUUGCGAACACACUCAACCUCCGUCGUACGAAAGUAGACAUCGCCGUGUCUGGAAUCGGUGAAACGUCGAAGCAGAUCAAGCGCAAGUUGACUGCUACAAUUAGAUCCAAGCUACUUUCGUACAGUACUACGCUCGAGUUUCUCAUCCUCAAGAAACCCACAGUCUGCCUGCCAACCAUGCCGAUUGAUAUUUCCUCGUGGAAGUUUCCUGAUGUCCCGCUAGCUGAUCCAAGCUUCCACAUUCCAGCCGGCAUUGACCUGAUUGUCGGUGGAGAAGUGUACCACGAACUGCACACUGGCGGUAAGAUUUCUUUCGGCGAAGGGCAGCCUGUAUUCGUCGAGACCUCUUUCGGAUGGACUGUUUCCGGAAAGGUAUCCAUCCAAUCACCUGAAGUUCCCCGUGUUUGUCACCUCACCACUGUGGACCGUAAUCUGGAACAAGCCCUCCAGAAGUUCUGGGAGUUAGAAGCCGUUGAAACCUGUUCCAAGUUUACGGCAGAAGAAAAUCUCUGUGAAGAACUGUAUGCCACUACCACCACUCGCGAUUCGUCGGGUCGUUAUAUCGUUUCCUUGCCACUCACCCGCGAUCCGCUCGUCACUAUCGGUGAAUCACGUUUUAUCGCCGAGCGCCGUUUCCUGAACCUCGAAAAACGACUUGAGCGAGAUCCAACCACCAAAGAGGCCUACUGUCGCUUCAUGGAAGAAUACGAACGCCUGAAUCACAUGGUGAAACUCCUAGAUCCAGUAGACGAAAGCCAGCCACACUUCUACCUUCCACACCAUCCGGUAUUCAAAGAAUCCAGCACCACCACGAAAGUUCGAGUCGUGUUCGACGCGUCGUGCAAGACGUCAUCUGGAUUCUCCGUGAACGACCUGCAACUGGUUGGACCCGUCGUUCAGGAACACCUACUGUCGAUCCACAUCAGAUUCCGCAUCCACCAAAUCGCAUUCGUAGCCGAUGUGGAGAAAAUGUAUCGGCAAAUGCUGCUGCAUCAUCUGUUCCGCCGAUACCAGCUCAUCCUCUGGCGUCCCAGUCCAGACCUACCAAUUGCUACGUACGAACUGCAAACCGUAACGUAUGGUUUUGCAUCCUCUCCGUUCCUGGCAACUCGCACCAUUAUGCAGAUCGCGCAAGACGCAGCCGAGAUGCAUCCAGCCGCAGCCGCGGUAGCCCAGAAGGAUUUCUAUGUGGAUGAUUUCCUGUCUGGUGCCGACGAUGUUGAAUCCGCUAUCCACCUACGCCAAAAAAUGUCCGCCAUGCUUUCAGCGGCUGGUUUUCCGCUGAAGAAGUGGGCUUCAAACUCGCCUGAAGUUCUAGCCGAUAUUCCUGAAGAAGAUCUAGCAUUCGCGCCGUACCAUGACCUGCAAGACGACCAAUCCGUUUCCACUCUCGGACUCAUCUGGGAACCGAGAUCCGACAUGAUGAGCUUCAAGGUUCAGCUGCCAUUACCAGCACCCGUUUUGACUAAACGGAAAGUUAUGUCCUACGUUGCGCAGAUUUUCGACCCACUUGGCCUUGUGGGACCAAUAAUAGUCAUCGCUAAGCUGUUCAUGCAGCGCUUAUGGGCGCUGAAAACCGAAACAGGAGAUUCUUAUGAGUGGGAUCGUCCUCUACACUUGGGAUACAUUUAG